GCUAUAGCCAUGAAAGUCAGAGAAGAGCUCCACGCCACAGAGAGCUGGUGAGAGGACACCACCAGGGAGUAUCUGCAUAGGGAGGACAAUACAUUUCCAGCUUAUUAAGCUGAAUAAACAAAUGGCUGACUGUUGGAGAUGCUAGGUGUCAUGAAUGAGGGCUGAAAGACUUUGGAAAGAUCAAUAAAUCCGGAUGGGCAUCGGUGGAGCUUUGAUGAGAUUAACUUAAAGAUGACAACAACCAUCUGGAGCACAGGCAUCAUUUCUCAUCGACACAAAGUUUUGAGGAAAAACUGAGAACGAUGGGCAAUGCGUUGCGAGGAGUAAUCGCCUUCAUUCCCUCUGAACGCUGCCAGCGCUACUUGGUGGGAGACCUGAAGGAGAUGCCGCUGGACCGAACCCUGGAUCUGAGCGGCCAUCAGCUGCGGAGGCUUCCUGUCACCGUCUGCGUCUUUGAUGAGUUGGUGAAGCUUUACCUGAGUGACAACAACCUCAGCACCCUGCCUGACGAACUGCAAGGCCUGAGGAAUCUGCAGCUUCUUGCGCUGGACUUUAACUGCUUUGAGGAGCUCCCUGCAGCCAUUUGUAGAUUGCACCAACUCACUAUCCUCUACCUGGGCAACAACAGGCUGCAUCGCCUUCCCAGAGAACUAAGAGAGCUCAAGGAACUUAACACUCUGUGGUUGGAGACUAACUGCUUCACCGAUUUUCCCAAGGUAGUUUGUGAACUUACAAAUCUCAAGACGCUGCACUUUGGUUACAAUCAAAUACGCAGCUUGCCAAAAGACCUGAGGCGACUGGAGGAACUAAAAAGUAUCUGGCUUGCUGGGAACAUCCUGACAGAGUUCCCUCCAGAGUUGCUUGAAAUGCACUCCCUGGCUGUUGUCGAUGUGGAUAGGAAUAAAAUACGACAAUUUCCGAACCUGUCUCACAUGCAGGGUCUGAAACUUGUCAUUUAUGACCACAACCCCUGUGUUAAUGCCCCUACAGUGGGAGAGGGCGUCAGAAGGGUGGGCCGCUGGGCUGACAAUUCAGAUGACGAACAGCAAGGUGAGGGGGCCAAAACACAGAGUGAGGACACAACUGAGAUAGUAGAGGUUUCCUCAGAGGAGAAGCAAAAACAAUUUAAGGCGUGAAAACCAGGCAACUUAAGUAGCGGUGUGUCGUGAGAAGCAUGCUUCUGCUGCUUGGCCAAUAUGUAGUGAGGGCGAUUGCCUCAGAAUAGUCCUAAAUGUUACCUGCAAGAUAAUUAAUCACAACUUUGGAAGUGGAAAAGUUUUGCGUGCCUUAAAAUAUUAGGAUCAAUGGAGAAACACACACUCACUGCCUGGUUUAUUGGUAACUACUUCUGUCUUCAGAGCUGCCUUAAUUCUUCCUUUCAUAUAUUUAACAAUGUGUCUGAAACAUUCCUCAAAGAUGUUGGUCAAUGUUGACAUGACAUGCAUCAUGAAGUAAAUUCCUCACUCUACACAUCUGAAAUGUACUCUUGUGGAUCCAGAUCUGGAAGACAUUGAAGUACAAGGGACUUGUUGCAUCAUGAAAGAAAUGUGUUGAGAUGCUUUGAGUAUUUUGACAUGGUGCAACAUCAAAAUUAUCUAAGUCUUUUUUUUCU